GUUGUUCUCUGGCGGCGGCGACAAAAAAAAACGUGAGUACGUCGCGCCGCGUCACAGUCAAGUGGACGUCCGUCUUCGACGUUGCACAACUCCUAAACGGGUGCCCACCCACCCCCUCUCCCCCAGAAAUAUAGUUGCUUUUGUACGUGACCUCGGGAUACAAUACGCGAUGCUCGAAGAGGACCGGCAGGCCAUUCGGAAUAUGAAGGCGGACUUUGAGGCUCUCGCGGACCUCACAGACAGCGACUUUAAAGGCUACAGCACUUUCGAAAGGCGAAUGAACCACUACAACACUGUGUACACCGCUGCCACUCGAAACACGUCAAAGGUUUCCGAGUAUCCUGGCUACGAUGCUGGCGAGCUGCUGUACAUGGAAUACAACGAGAUGCUCACGACCUACCUGUGGCGCUACAGAGACCUCAAUGCGGCGUCAGACCAGGAGCUGUUCCAGCGCAUUCUUGACGUGUGGGAGCACUACAAGAUUCUUAUGAAGUGGAAUAUGCGCACUUUCGGGUACCUAUCGCGAUACUACAUUGUGUACCACUCAAAGCCCUCACUGCAGCAAGUAGGUCUAAGUAUUUUCCUUGAGCAGGUAUUCAAGAAGAACGCCGACGUGGUGAGCUCCAUCACGCAAAAGCUGCUUUUAAAGGAGCGCGCAGGCCGCGGUGCGAGUACAAACGCAAAACAGAUCGCUACUGCCAUUGGACUGUUUUCGUCGAUGAACAUCGAGGAUACGCAGUCCAUUUACGUGACAGCGUUCCUGGAGCCUUUCCUGGAGAAAACGAAGAAAGAGUACGAACAAUUCCUUCAAGAGUGGGACGCCACGACGGACGCCGUGGCGUUCCUCCAGACGGUGCAAGAGGCGCUCAUGCACGAGCGAGACAUCUGCCACCGUUACUUCUCCACGGCAGAUGAGGAGCGCAUUAUGACGUGUGUGGAGGCCGUCCUGGUGGAUUCGCCUAUAACGCGACGGAAGUUGGUGGACUCUCCGGCGGGUAUGUUGGAAAUGCUUCGAAACCGCGACGAGGUUCAGCUGCAGAAUUGUUAUACUUUUUUCUCGCGACGCGAGUCUGGUGUGACACUAUUAGUGGCUCUCCUCAAAAAACAGAUCGAGUCCGAAGGUCUAGAGUUGUGCGACCGGUUCAAGGGUGAGGAGUCGUCGGUUGAUGUCGUCGCCUACGUUACGGGAAUGAUGCACCUGCAGGAGGUGUAUCCCCAGCUACUCUCACGCUGCUUCCAGCUGGACUUCACGUUGUCGAAGGCGGUGCGCGAAGGUUUAGAGGCGUGCUACAACCACGGCGUUGCCGUCACCAACAGCGGCGGUGGCGAGAGUCGCGUCGUUCCGUUUUGCGAGUGGCUUUCCCACUACGUGAAUCAUCUCCUCCAACAGGAACCUGUACCUGUAAAUGCUGACAUGGAUCGCAUCGUCGCCACCCUCGCCUACGUGACGGAGCGCGACCGAUUCAUUGCGACGUCGCGGGAGCACAUGGCGGACCGCAUUUUGUUCCCCAUGAAGAAAUUCAGCGAAGCCAACGAGCGCGCACUCAUCCAGCGUAUUCGUCAGCGCUGUGGCCCUACCAGCACAGCAUGCCUGGAGAGCAUGCUGCAUGACUGGGAGGCGUCACGCAGCUAUCGCGCGAUGGAGGUGUUAGCGAGCAAAGGUGGAGUGCCGUCCUUCGAUGUUGACCUGCUUGUGGCAAAAAAGGGAAUCUGGCCACCGCGUCUCUCCAGUGAGCCAGAUAUCGUGGUGCCGUCGUUCAUCCAGCGCCCCUUGGAUGUUCUCCGCGACGAUUACCUUGCUGGCAAGUCAGGCCGUGUGCUGACGUGGUCACACGACUGCAGCAGUGGUGAAGUGCAGGGCACGUUUGCGAAAGCUACGCAACUCUUUCUCGUGUGCGGGAUCCAGGCUCUAGUGUUACUGUGCUUCAAUUCAGCACAGACGCGCACCCCACAGCGCAUUAUGGAUCACUGCCAUGUGACGUUUGCAGCGCUGCAGCGCCACCUUCCCCCAUUAAUACGAGGUCGAGUCCUGGUGCGGAAAUCCCGCAAAGCGCAGCUCCAACUGGACGACGAGCUGGCCGUCAGCGACGAGUACGUGUGUAGAGCGCGCAAAGUGCGCCUCCCUCCCUCCCUCGCGCGCGUGAGUAUCGGCGCCAGUGAGCACAUUACGAAACAGGUAGAAGAAGACAGAAAACCCGCGAUCGAUGUAGCCCUGGUUCGAAUCAUGAAGGGUCGCCGGACCUUGGAGCACUCCGACUUGGUCCUAGAGUGCCAGCAGCAGCUCAGCGUUCGUUUCUCGCCUGACGUCAAGCUCAUUAAGCAGCGCAUCGAAGAACUUAUUCGGCGAGAGUUCAUCGCUCGUGAUUCUCGAAACAAGAGUUUAUAUCAUUACAUUGCGUAA